UUUUAGAUGGCUAUUAGUGUGGUAACCAGGAACAGAAAACGAAAGCGAGACUGAUUAUACACGCAACCUGUUCCAGGACUGGAUUCACUGAAUGGCACCGGAGAAAGCAGACAUACUCAUUGUCUGGGUUUUAUGACAUAUAUCCAACACUUGAAUAUGGUCAAUGUUCCAUUUUGACAUAAAAAAGUGCAGUAAUCUAUUGAUUUUGAUAGGUCAAAUUCAAUAUUUCAUGAAAAAAUGUAUUCGGGGCAACGAAUUGAUAAUCUAAUUUUAUAGAACAGGUGAGUGCUUUUAGUGAUUUUCAGUGCUACACAAGUGGCUAGUCAUUUGUCAAAUUUGACCCAUAUCAGUCAAGAAGGUAUUUGGUACUGUAGUAACUUGUGAUCUUCAAUUAUGGAUACAUUCAUUCAUUAACAAUGUCUGAUAAGUUCUUUUCUAGGCUGCUGAAACGUGAAGGAUGAACAACACUGUACAGAGUUGCUCGAGGGGUUUGAAGGCCGAUGUCUGAGACACAUCCUAAGCGCGACCCAGGCAACCGCCCAUCACAAACCAGGAGGUUCCCAGAAGGAUCAAAGUCUGAAACAAUGUCACAGAAGCAGAAGGAAGAAGAUGGAACUGGUUGGGCCAUAUAUUGAGGAUGGAGAAAUCCAGACUUCCCCACGAAGUUCUGCAUGAAUACCACCAGGAAAAAGGAACCAAGGGAGACGGAAGGGAACGUUGGGAACCUGGAAGGACAGCUGCUGAACAAGACAUGGGCAACACAAGUACUGCCAUUCCGGAAACCACCAAAAAGGACACAGGGUUAAAACCAAAGAAAAGAUCAUGCCAAGAUGACAAGCAUUCUCCACAAGAAGUUAUCAAGUCUCCAUUCAGACAUAAUGGAUAUCAUCUUAGACCCUGUUACUGCCAUUGUUAUCAUAAUAUCCACAGUCGUUUUAAUCACAGUGCUCAAAAGAUUUUCCAAAAAGAAGAAACAGCUGUUUGCCAAGCCAGAUGUUGUCUGGGAUGCCCAGAAGGAUCCCGAGGUGAUUGUGAUUGGUUCCGGUGUGGUUGGCUCUGCCAUGGCUGCUGUCCUCGGGCGUGAUGGACGCCGCGUUACAAUCAUCGAGCGAGAUCUUCGGCAACCUGAUCGCAUUGUGGGAGAGUUGUUACAACCGGGAGGAUACAAGGCUUUGUCCAAACUUGGUCUUAAUGACUGCACAGAAGGCUUUGAUGCGCAUGAAGUGAAGGGUUACGUGGUCCAUUAUCUUGAGGAUGGCACCCAGGUGGAUUUGCCUUACCCAGAAAAUGACACCGGAGCAACAGAAAGUGGGCGAUCAUUUCAUCAUGGUCGAUUUGUGUCUACACUGAGGAAGACGGCACAAGCUGAGAAAAAUGUCAAGUAUAUAGAAGGAACAGUCAUCCGACUGCUGGAAAAAGACGGUGUUACCAUCGGUGUUCAUUACAGAGAGAAAGAAACAGGUGAAACAAAGGACAUCCAUGCUCCCCUGACAGUCGUUGCUGAUGGCUGCUUCUCGAAAUUCCGCAAACACCUCGUGAAAGAGUCGGUUGAGACCACGUCGCAUUUUGUCGGAACGAUUAUGACGGACUGUCCUCAGAGAAAAUCAAACCAUGCAGAGAUCGUAUUAGCCAACCCAAGUCCUGUAUUGGUGUAUAAGAUCUCAUCUAAUGAUACAAGGGUGCUGGUUGAUAUCAGAGGUACUAUGCCAUCUGAUCUUAGGCAGUAUAUGGUGGAUCAUAUUCUGCCUCAGUUGCCAGAACAUAUCAAAGAGCCAUUCCUCGACAGCAUUCAGAACAACCGUCUCCGCAGUAUGCCAAACAGUCGCCUUCCACCGUCCCCAAUAGAGAAGCCGGGUGUUAUUGUCCUUGGCGAUGCCUUCAACAUGCGCCACCCGUUGACAGGUGGUGGAAUGAGUGUCGGUCUGAACGACAUUGUCAUAUGGAGGGAUCUCUUAAGGGGCAUCAAAGACUUGUAUGACUAUAAUGAGAUAAUGGUGGCGCUGAGGAAGUUUACAACUGCCCGGAAUAACAGCCAUUCAUUCGUCGUGAACGUCCUUGCUCAGGCUCUCUAUGAAUUGUUUGCUGCCCAAGAUGAACACCUUGGUGAGUUGCGUAAAGCCUGCUUCAAUUACUUCAGAUGUGGUGGUGAAUGUGUGUCGGGACCUAUUGGACUUCUUUCAGUUCUAAACCCAAAGCCUAUCAUUCUAAUUGGACAUUUCUUUGCCGUCGCCCUUUAUGCCAUCUAUUCCAUCUUGAGGAGCGAACCGUGGUACAAUGCACAUAAAAUGGUCUUCAAAUCUGGUGCUGUUUUCUGGAAGGCGUGCGGUGUUCUCUUUCCCCUCAUCUGGGGUGAGAUCAGGACUUUUAUUAGCUUUUGAUAUCAGGACUUUUUUUAGCGUGAGAGAUCGAAGGCAAUCAAUAUAUUUGACAAUCUCCGUAGGAUCGCACAAGUACAGCAUCCACCAAAAGAACAAUAGGUUAGCAGCAUAUAACGUGUGCAGAAAGCCAUCAGAUUGUGACACUUGUUUGCUGUUAAAAUAUGCCAGGAGUUGUCCCAGCCUCAUAGAUUGCAGGACUAGUUUCUGCAGUGAUAUUCCAUCAUCAGAUUUAUGCAUGACGUGACCCUGAAAACUGUGAUGGCUCCUGGCAGGGUUGACAGUACUUAAUCAUUGCUGACUGUUUUACAGCUGUCGUCGCUGUAUCUCUAUCCUAUCAGUUCAAGUUUCUAGUCAUGUUCAGAAAGCUCAAUCGAACCUCCUCUCUAUUAGGGACACCCUUGGGCCUGACACAUGCUGUCCUCUUAACAGAGAGGCUGUGUCCUGAUAACAGAGGUCAAAUUGUAUUGAUUUGACCAAUUUAGGACCAAAAUCAGUGUCCCUAACACUCCGUGUCCAUAGUAUGUGCUAAAAGAGAAAGUGGCUGCUGAUUAUUUUAACAAUGUUCUACCUUGUUUGUGAAACUUCAAAAUCAUGUAAAUAUUGACUUUUGUUUUUGAUGAAGUUAUACAUUGAUUACUGGUGAUUUUAAAUGAACAAAUAAAUGUCCUGCUCCA